AUGGUUGGAAAUAUUACUAAUGAAAUAAUCACUGUACCAACAUUGUUUGAUCUCGGUCCUAAUGAAAUUUCACAUGAAGUUUCUCUUAAUGAGUUAAAGCAUAUUCAUAAUGAUAAGAAAAAAGAGAUCAAUCUAAAAUCAAAUGCUUUUUAUAAAAAACCAUGUCUUAUUUUUUCAAAUCUAGUAUCUCUCAAACACACUAUAUCAGCAGCAGAUACUUAUGCAAAAAAAUAA